UUUGAUUUACCCAAUGUGGGGACGAAUGAAAGUAUAUAAGUAACGUCACUGAAUCACGAAGUCAUUUUGGUUGUUGCUAAACAUCGUAAUGAAAGCGGUAAUAAUUUUAUUUGCCCUCUUGGGUAUUGGUCAGGCAAGACCUCAAUUCGGCAUAUCUCAGUUAUUUCCAGUCAUAUUGCGUUAUGAUAAUAAUAUUGAAGAAAAGGGAUUUUCCUAUAAUGUCGACACAAGUAAUGGCAUACACCAAGAGGCACAAGGAGUUUUAAAGAAUGCUGGUACCCCAGAAGAAUCCUUAGAUGUAAAAGGAUCAUAUUCCUAUGUAGGAGAUGAUGGACAAACAUACUCUGUCGAAUAUACAGCUAAUGAAGACGGUUUUCAACCAGCUGGAGCCCAUUUACCACCUUCAGCAGGUGUUAAAAAGCUUGGAAUUCCAUCCUCCGCAAUUGCAUCCCUGCAAGGAGGUGGACUGGGUUGAUUUAAAAUAAAAAAAUUUUAUAAUAAGGCUGGAAAGUGAUAGUAAUUUUGUUUAUUUUGUCAUUUUGUCAAUGCUUGCUCCAUUGUUUUUAAAGAAAAGUAUUUGUUUUCAUUCGGCUCCUUGACUAUACAUUAAUCUUAAUAGUAUACUUCAAAGUAGGUGUAAUUUUGAACCAUUCAGUCAAAUUAAUAGACUCUAUUAACAAAUAGAUUUGUGAAAGUUUU